CAAAUGUCAUAAUCAGCAGGAGCCGUACUUUUUAAUCAAUCUUUUGAUUCAAAAUAAGUUACGUAAAAUUAUCUUCUAAAAACAUACAGGCAAGAUGAGCUUACUGAAAUCGCAAUAUUACGACAAUCCUGAGGGAACCGAUUUGGUCGGCAAAAUGAUUGCGACCAACAAGUAUGCCCUUGCCCUCGGUGUUGGCUUCUCGUCAUUCGAAGUGCUGAUGGUAUCAAAGCCGAAAGGGAUUAUGCCCUCACUAGCUCGUUACGUCUAUUUUACCGGUCCUUUUGUUGGAAUGGCAUCUGCUUUCACCGUAGGAGCCUACACUGCCAACAGGCUGCGGGGCAAAGAUGAUUUAAUAAAUUAUGUCGUGGGUGCAUUUGCGGCCGGCGGGGUUUACGGAGCUUGGAGGCGUAGCAUUGUGGCAGGAGCAGUAUCUGGUUUAUUCUUUAGCAUUGCUGGUAUCGCGAAGAAAAUAUCUCUUGAGGAAGGAUGGGAAUUUUUCCCGGCAGUUACCAAACAUGCCUAUGGUUCCUUAAAUCCUAAGCGGUAUGACUUUACUCUGACAGAAGAACGUGAACGAGGUUGGACCACUGGAAAGUAAACUUAUUGCCAAUUUGUUGAAUUUAUCCAGCAAUAUGAUAGAUAAUGAAGAGAUCAGGAAUAAAUGGUAUGUACAUAAAAUGGACUGUUGUUCAAAGAAAAGGCCAUUU